GUUUUAUCGCCGCGGCGCCUCGAGAGCCUCCACAACACGGUGCGCGCGGUGGCCGUUUGAAUCUCGGAGCGCAACCUACAUAAAUCGUCGUGCAGCUCGGCCAGGUGGAUUAUCUCCCGCUCACGAGUCCAUAAGGAAAGCAACAUAAUUCUUACGUCGGAUUUACGGACUGCUAACCGACUGCAUAUGGACCGUAAACACUACGGCAUUCUAUGCAUUUAUUCCGUUUUAUUUGCUUAGUGAGUAGUUAGCUAUAUUUGUGCCCGAUAACCGUGAGAAAUGGCCACCGACGAGCUGUCAUCAAAGCUGAACCGUCGUCUGAAAAUCGAGGAGGGCGCCCAGGACCCCGUAGCCGUGGACGGAGACCAUCCGAACGGAUCCGAUGAGCAGGAGAAGCCGACCACGGCCAACGCUGACUCGGAGCUGGGCGCUAAGCUGCAGCGACGGGGCGAGAUGAACGAUGGCGUCGGCGAGCACCAGCAACGCAGCAUGAAGGUGUUUAACCCGUACACCGAGUUCAAAGAGUUCUCCAGGAAGCAGAUCAAAGACAUGGAGAAGAUGUUCAAACAGUAUGACUCAGAGAAGGAUAACUUUAUCGACCUGAUGGAACUGAAGCUCAUGAUGGAAAAGCUGGGAGCCCCUCAAACUCACCUCGGCCUCAAGAACAUGAUCAAGGAAGUGGACGAAGACCUGGAUGGGAAGCUCAGCUUCAGAGAGUUCCUGCUGAUCUUCCGUAAGGCGGCGGCCGGCGAGCUGGCAGAGGACAGUGGUCUCCACGUCCUCGCUCGCCUCUCCGAGAUCGACGUCUCCACCGAGGGGGUCAAGGGCGCCAAGACCUUCUUUGAGGCCAAAGUUCAGGCCAUCAACGAGUCGAACCGCUUCGAGGCUGAGAUCCGCCAGGAGCAAGAGGAGAAGAAGAAGGAAGCGGAGGACCGCAAGCAGCGGCAGGCGGCCUUCAAGAACCUGCAGUCGGCCUUCAAGUGACCACCGCACCGAGCCCUGCACAGCACAGCACAGGCCCCCUGCCCGUUCCUGCACCCACCCACCCAUCCGUCUGACCGACUGACUGACCAACUGUCCCAUGCAUCCUUCUGUCUGUCUGCAGUGUUUUUCCAUUCCAUAUGCAGUCACCAAUCAGUAAGAAUCUUAUGCAACGUUCACUUAGCUUAGCUUGACACGUGCACCAGAGGUGUGUGUGUGUGUGUGUGUGUGUGUGUGUGUGUGUGUGUGUGUCUGUGUGGUGGAUUGGACUGGGCUGGGCUUUCUCACUCAUUGUGCUUUAGUGUUUCGUCUCUCAAUUCUUCUAUUUAGUGUUGGCUUUAAAUGUUUGUUUCCAAUCGUCUCUUGUCGGGUUCCGAUUGGCCUAACCAGUCCACUCUGCUUUUGUGAAUGACCUUUGCACUCUGUCCGUGAUGUCAGUUCCUGGUGUCGCAGCACUUUGAGAGUGUUAUUUCCCACAAGGCAACUACUCUGCUUCCCUUUACAGAGGCCUGAUUGCCAUGUGUUUAUACACACACACACACACACACACACACACACACACACACACACACACACACACACACACACACACACACACACACACCUGAUGUAGAUAUUCUAAAGACCAGGAGUAUAGUUGAUCUCUCUCCUAGGAAGUAUGUGCGUGUAUGCAUAUGCAACAUUUCUCACACACACACACACACACACACACACACACACACACACACACACACACACACACACACACACUCACACUCACUCUCAAAGCAGUCAGACCUGUGUCCAGACAGUCAGGGAGUGAGCAGCAGAUAUGUUCUACUAAAUAAGUAUCUACUAAAUGUCCAUCUAGAUUUGUACUCGUGUGUGUGAGUGGGGCGUAUGCAUGCGUGAUGGUCGGUGAUUGGUCGUUUUGAGCUGUCCGUUAUAUGCAUGGUCACUGUGAAGUUCUGACAAUCUUUAACCCGAUUGGUCCCCUGCCUCACAUGCGGAUUGGCUAAGCUGCUGGAAGUCAAGGCCCACCCUCACAGUCUCACUGAAAACUACAAUUCCCUUCAGAUCUGCUCUCUCUCUGGGAAAGACAGCAACUACUGGCCUUGGCUUUCAGAAGGCUGUGUGUGUGUGUCUGUGUGUGUGUGUGUGUGUGUGUGUGUGUGUGGUGUGUCAGUGAAGUCUGGGUCUCAUACUGAGGUCACUGUCAGGUGAAGAGGGACUAGAACUCCAAUCACUGAUGGAAUCACUCGAGAGUGACCGGUCAUUACUCUGGUGAGGUCACUAUUGAUUAGCAUUGUUCAGGAACAACACACACACACACACACACACACACUCACUCACACUUGGGCAAAUCAACAUUUUGUGAUUAAAGAUUCCAGCCAACUGAUUUGGUCCUUUAUUCCAGAUGAGUGAUGGUGAUAGAGCGGCCCAGAGGUUAGAGGUCGUAGGGCAGAUGAUUCUUGGUGAAGAGGUCCAAAGCGGAUUCUUUAAGUUUGUCCUUGUCCCCUGUAAGUUCUUCCCUGUUGUUCCGACACGGCCGCCAACUCUGGAACACCACUAGCAGUUCCGCCAACUCUGGAACACUGCUACCGAUUCUGCCAAAUCUAGAACACUGCUACCGGUUCCGGCUGAAAUCUGGGCCAGGUCCGGUCCCGAUGUGUUCCGCAGUCGGCUGCUGUGUGGAUCUGUGUGGGCCCCCCCACCCCAUCCACCCACACACACACACACACAAAUGGUGUGUGUGUGUGGAGCGCUGUACAUGCCCUGGGGUCCUCCUGUCUGAGUCAACAGUCCGACAUGAUGAUGGGUUUGACAUCAUUUCCUGUAGGCUUAAUAUAUUAGAUGAGUGGCUAUUCCAUGAUGCAUAUUUUAUUUUUGAUUUUCUUACUAAAAUGUAUAACUAUUCUUGUGGCAAUAAAUACAUUUACUUUGGAAA